ACAAGGCAGCCUCUGUCUGCUGCAGCUGGAGGGUCCCAGCGCUCAGCACUUAGCAGCACUGAGCCAGAGGAGAGCAGUACGAAGUAGGCAGGCAGAGCUGGAGCACCGGAGCUUUAGGGACUAACCUGGGCUAACCUAACCAGGACUAGGCUGUAGCUGGGGUUUACUGAACUUAGCUUCACUGAGCUCCAUUAGGCUGGUCCAAGGUCCAGGGGGCCAGGGCUGGGUGGUGAACCCAGGGCAGAGGGCCCUGUCUGGGGGUGACGUGGUUGGGUACCUGGGUAUGGGCUGCUCGGCCAGCUUGGUGCUCCUCCAGGCCCUACGUUCCGUGGGCCGGGCCAACUGUGCCCACAUGUGCUCCCGCCAGGACCAGCUAUCCUUGGAUGCCCUGCCUCCCGGCAAGGGCCACGCCGCCACCGGGGGAAGUAGAGCCCUCACCAUCGUUGUUAUGCAGGACAAACCAAAGCUGAUAGACCCUCUGGACUAUGAGGCUGUUAUCUGUGACCUGGGAGAUGAGCUGAAGGAAGACCCCCUCAGAGAGCUGCUCCUCUUCCCCGACAAUGACUUCACGUUGUAA